CUGAAACGCGAAACACCACAAUAGUGGUCACAAAAGUUUCAUUGUAGAAAGUUCCAUAUAUUUUCACUAUAAUUUAUUAUAGUUCUACUAACAAUUAACGAAUACAGUUUCGUGGUUUCGUACGUUUCAAGUGUCCGUCAUAUUUGAUUGAAAUUAGCGUCAUUUUGACGAGACCCUCUGUGUUUAUAAAAUGAACGUAAACAGUUAUUUCUCACCACGCUUGAUGGUUGGAGCUGCUAUUGUAGGCCUCGUGGGUGCCGCUGGAGUGUUUAUCUACGAGCAGGUGUACGCUGAAAAACGGAGAGCUAUGUUGGUGAGUGAAGUCGCAAGACUGGAUAGACAAGUAGCAACCAUGCGAUCAGAGCUGGAAGCCCUGAGAGAAUUGCAGAAAGAAACAAACAUGCGUCGAGCGCGACAGAAGCCGCGCGUGCGACGCGAACUCCCCGCCGCGGCUGCUCCGGCUGGUGACGUCACAGACUCUGAGUACUUCACCGACUGCCAGUCAUUAGUUGGCACAGAUAUCGAGAUGGACAGCGAAGAGUUCUACGACGUGCCAUCGGACGAAGAAGACGACACGUUGCGAGAACCGUUACACAAUGGACACGCGGCCUUAGCCGCAGACCAGAGCUCGCCAAAAACCGACGAAUCUAAGACGGAUAGCACGUAGCUGUAGAUGAUGGACUGUACAGGUACCAUUAGUCAGAAAUUGUUUGGGCGAUAGCGGGGUCUGGUUAGAUGUAGAGUUUAGUAGCGGGCUAUAUCUACUGUAUUCAUUUAUAUAUGGACUUUGUAGUGUUAAGUAUGCAAGAUACAGACCGUCAAUAUUUAUCGCGAUAUAUUUCUACAAUAGCGGAAACAGCGUUUUAUGAUUAAUAUAAUAAUGGUGUACCCAAGGGGGCUUUAUUAUUUAUUAUGAAGUCAUAUUUUUUUUAUAUGGAUUUUUGUGUGAGUCAUCAAACGAAAGGGCUUCAAGGGCAAGUUCCCGACGAAAGGGAUUCCAAAAAUAUACUAAGAUCCAUGAGAAACGAAGAGAAGUUAGUACCUAUGUUUCGAACUAGUGUUCCAAUGUGACGAAACGAAUUAUUGAUGCAUAUUGAGAUUAUUAUUACGAUAUGAUCUCAUAUGACACGAUAUUUAUUGACUGCCUGAUGCUUGCAUUAGUUACGAAUAAAAACGGGUCGCAUUUGUUAUAUAUUAGUUCUAUACUAGAGUGUGUAUAUUGAAAGCUGAGUAUUAUUAUUUAACGUUUUUAAAAUAUGGCAAUACUGUGGGAAAUUAUACUUGUUUUUGUAUUAUCGCCUGGUUUGAUACUAGAUUUAUAUUUUUAAUAUUAUAUUUUUUAUUCAAUAAAAUUACACAGUAUUUGUGCUUAUAUCAUGUUAAACUUAUUCUAUCAAUAUAACUGUUUAAAAAUUAAAUAUAAUUUAAAAACUAAACACGUUAUGUUUAUGAAAUUUCGUCUCAUUAUGCAACACAUAUUGUAUUUAAACAACAAAUACUGAAAACAACGAUUAAUAAAAAAGUUUGUAAGCUGUGACCAAAAUGAACAUUUUUUUGGUUUUUCUUUCACGGUUUAUUGCCAUGUUCUAUUUUCCUCAGCUUUCAUUAAACAGACUAAGAUUGACAUAUUUUAUAGAUCGCGCUUUGACUGUGCUCAGACUUAACAGGGCUCUCUCCGUCACUUACUCAAUACAAUCGUAGUCCCAAUUUCAUUUGAAUAUUAAGCAACCAAAGUCCAUGAAAUUUUGCAGAUAUGUUCUAGAAACUUAUAUCUAU